GUUCAAACAUAUUGAUUGACAACACAGACGUACACAAAAUUUGUCUUUUAAAUAUUUGUGUAUAUAUGCGAUAUGUUAUGACACUUAACUUAAAAAUGAUUAACACGAACCAAACACACAGAGAAAAAGAAGAAAAAGAAAAGAAGUUAAUUGUACUUCAUCACCAGAUAUUCUUUAAGUUUUUCAAUCUGGAAUAAUAUUUGUAAUGUCUGGUGAUUUUGCGGAUAGAAUUGUAACUCCUGCAAUGCCACUUUGUAUGGCUUAUUUUUGUUGUGGUCUCAACUUCAUAAUACCUGGAUCAGGCACUGUUGUUGCAGGAGUUUCAGUUUUUUGUUGUGCUGAAAAUGACGACAUGGACUUCGGGGAUAAAUGUACAUCGUGUUGUUGUGGCUUGGUGCUUGGACUAUUUCAGCUACUGUUUACAGCAUUUCUGCUCAUUGGUUGGUGUUGGAGCGCUAUUUGGGGAUAUUCCUACAUUGAAAUGUCUAAAAAACAUUAUUCGAGGCAUACACAUCCGAGACGCAGAAUUCAACCUAUAACAUCGCAACCAAUUCGGCGUAGAAUCAAUCAACGACAUUAUGCUCAACCAGAUACUCAAGAACUCUGUAUUGCUAUUGUGUCACAGCCUAAUCACCACAAUUCUAGCUCUCCGCCGCCACCAUAUUACGAAGGGCACAGAGGAUUACCAAUAGACUCAUCACGAACUGAUCCACCAUCUUAUCAAAGUCUUUUUCCUAAUAGGCCGUUAGGUUGAAAUUUAUGAGUUGUUUUCGAAAGUAUAUAUAAUUUCAUUAAUUUGUUUUUGUUGAUAAAUUAUCAGGUUUUCAUUAUCAUCUCAUAGAACGCCAACACAUUGUCAAGCUAAAUGUGCACCUCAAGUGCAACAAUAAAAUAAAAACGUCUGGAUAUACUACUAAA